AGUUUCCGCUUCCGGCGGCGCUCUUUACUUUCCACAGCUGUGCUUUGUGGUGGCUGCACCGGAGCUGGAGUGUAUCCUUGUUCUACCGCCGCAGCCAUGAGCCUCGGGCAGAGCGCGGUCAUUCAGGUGACGAACCUUUCUGCGAUUGUUACCAGCGAGCAAAUGCGGACUCUCUUCUCCUUCCUGGGGGAUAUUGAAGAAGUGAGGCUCUACCCGCCCGACAACGCUCCCCUUGCUUUUUCCUCCAAAGUUUGCUAUGUUAAGUAUCGUGACCCUUCAAGUGUCGGCGUGGCCCAGCAUCUAACUAACACGGUUUUUAUUGACAGAGCCCUGAUAGUUGUGCCUUGUGCAGAAGGUAAAAUACCCGAAGAAGCGAAGGCGCUCUCUCUUCUGGCUCCUGCUCCGCUAUUGUCAAGUUUGCUUCCUGGGGCCGGCUUACUGCCUAUUCCAGCACCAACUCCAACCCCUCCUCUUGCAUCUUCCCUUGCUUCAGUCCUAAGAAGAGAGAAGGUUGAAGUCCCAUUGCUGAGCGUUCCGCUUACCUCAUUGGGAGUAAGUUUACCUGCGCCGUUGGAACCUGUUCUACCAACUUUAGCCCCUGUUCUACCAGUACUGAGCCCAGCCGUAGCGCCAGUUUCUGAGCCCCCUCUUAUGGGCAAUGUGGACCCUACCAAAGUUGAUGAAAUUAGGAGGACCGUAUACGUUGGAAACCUAAAUUCCCAGACUACGACGGCAGAGCAACUGCUCGAGUUCUUUAAGCAAGUCGGGGAUGUUCGCUUUGUGCGGAUGGCUGGAGAUGAGACCCAGCCCACGCGGUUCGCUUUCGUAGAGUUUGCCGAUCAAAGUUAUGUGACGCGAGCGCUUACCUUCAAUGGAGUUAUGUUUGGUGAUCGGCCACUUAAAAUCAAUCACUCUAACAAUGCAAUUGUAAAGCCACCUGAGAUGACUCCUCAAGCAGCUGCGAAAGAACUGGAGGAAGUGAUGAAGCGAGUAAGGGAAGCACAGUCCUUCAUUUCAGCAGCUAUCGAACCAGAAACAGGAAAACCAAGUGAGAAGAUUAAACAAGAGCACUCCAAAACUCGCUCCCGAUCCCGCUCCAAGUCACGUUCCAGAAGGAAAAGGUCGCAUUCAAAACACAGGAGCCGUUCACAUAACAGAUCCCAUUCCAGGCACAAAGAGAAGCGCCGAUCAAAAAGCCCGAAUAAGAAGCGCUCUAGGUCUAAAGACCGUCGCAGGUCCAGAAGCCGCUCACGCUCCAGGGACAGAAAGAAACAAAUAGAAUACAAAGGUAAAAUUCGGGAAAAAGAAAGACAGAAAGACAAAUAUGAUAAAAGAAGGAAAGAGAAAAGGUCCAGAAGUCCUUCCAAAAGCAGCUCUUCUGUUAGAAGAUCUCGAAGUACCAGCAGAGAAAGACACAAAAGGAGGAGCAGGAGUCUUUCAAAAUUGCCAAGAAGUUCCAAAACAUUAAAAAAGUCUUCUAGAUCUCCAUCUCCUAGGAGCAAAUCUAAGAAGGAGAAAAAAAGAGGGAAAGAACGGGACCACAGCGGUGACAGACAUAAGAGUGAGCGCUCAGUAUCCCAGAAACAUAGUAAAGACCAAGAGACGAAGGAAGCGGCUGAUCAGUACGACACUAAGCUAACUGAAAAGGAUCACAUAAAAGAUGAACGGAAUAAUAGGAAGGAAGUUGUCAGCGACCAAGAACAAGGGAAUUCACAGCACAAUGGGGACUGUCAAGUUACGGAAGAAAGCCCCCCGCAGACAGAGGAAAUGGCAAGCUCAUCUUCCUAGUGGCAACCUGAAUCUAAAAACUAUUGCUCUGUGUUAAUGAUGGCAUACCACUGGCACUGUUAGGUGGCACUAUGUGAUGCCCAGAAUAUAAGCUCCUCCGGCGCAUCCUAUUCUCUAGUAUUGAAUGUUUUCCACAGUGUUGGAUAGUGUCCGGACCUGCUAACAAGUGGGCAGAUGAAUCUGUUAAUCACAGAAUCCGAAGGCAUUUCCAUGACAUCAGCAGUCGUUACAGAACACUUCUUUACCGGCAUCCGAUAUCAUUCUUUCCCAUUGGUGUUUCUUUGUGACUUGGAACAGUUGCAGGGAUUACUGGUAAAGAGAUUGGGUUUUAAUUUAAUUUUAUAUAUGUUUGGGCACACUCCCUACUACUCUGAGCUUUAAUAUGUUUAGGAAUGGUUUGCAGUUGUACACACAAUAUAGUAUCAAGGUGAUCCUUUUAAAAACAAAAAAAAAAGUAAACGAGGCAGCCGUAAACCCUGCAACUAACUUGUUCCGUUAAAUCCAUAUAUCAAGUUAAUCGUGCAGGGUGAUGACCAUGUGCUGAAUGCUACGCAGAGGCUGACACUCCCUCCCAGUGCCCGACAGGUUCUGAAAGGCUGUCAGGUGAUGGUUGCAGUUCCGACACCCAGCAGCUACACAAGGCCGUGGGUUUAAAGGAAAGUCAUCUGUAAUGAGCACAUUGAAGCACAGGGGGGAGAUCUAGUGCCUUCUGCGAGUGUUUUACACAAGUUAUUCUUUCAAAGGCUUUGUCAUCUUGCUGAAACCAGUCAAUAAACCCUAACAUAAGUCUCA